AUGUUCAAUUUAGAUGAGCUUGAAACUGAUCUAGGAUUGAGAAUACCAAUUAACGAGAUUUGUUAUACUGACAAGCAAAAGGAGGAAGUUCGAAGAGCAUACUUGUUGAAAGGUCCUUGCCAACCUAAAGAUCAUAACUUUCCUUUCACUCUUUUCGGAGAUAAAAAACGUAGGUUUACACCAGAGUGGUACAAAGAAGGUCCAAGUUGGAUGGAAUAUAGUGUGGCAAAAGAUUGUAUCUUUUGUUUAAAUUGUUAUCUUUUCAAAACUGAUUAUGGUGACCAAGCAGGUGGUGAAGUUUUUGUGAGUAAGGGAUUUAAUAAUUGGAAAGCUAAAGCGAAAGUGAAAAAACAUGUUGGAGAUCAUUCUAGUACUCAUAACCAAUGUCAUGCUAAGUGUGUUGAUUUGAUAAACCAAAGGCAACACAUCGAUGUAAAUCUUGCUUGCGUGUCGAAAAAGGCCAAAUUGGACUAUCGCAUUCGCUUGAAUGCAUCAAUUGAUUGCAUUAGAUCUCUUUUACAUCAAGGAUUGGCAUUUCGUGGUCAUGACGAGUCGAUUGAAUCUGAAAAUCAAGGUAACUUUGUGGAACUAUUUAAGUUUCUAUCCAAUCAUAAUGACGACAUUGAAAAAGUUAUGCUGGAAAAUGUUGCAAAAAACCAUCAAAUAACGGCCCCCAACAUCCAAAGGGAAUUAACUAGUGUUUGUGCUCAUUUGAUGACCAAGAAAAUUAUUGUAGAAAUUAUGAGAGAUAAACAACCAUUCUCUUUACUAGUUGAUGAAUCUCGUGAUGUGGUAGUGAAAGAAUAA